AACAAAAACAAAACAUUUUUGUAUAUAUAAAUAUAUAUAGAACGUUCUGAUUAAACCAUGAUGAUGGUGUUGAUGAUCAUCAGUGCCGGCUCAGUUUUAAUUGUCCAAUUUUUUUUAGAAAUUGUUUUUUGAAAGAAAAAAAAACAUUUUUGAAGACCAAAAAUAAUUAUGCAAAUGUUCUAGAUAAUUUUUUUCAUUUUAUAUGUUUUCAUAUCUAAAUUCAGUAACAUUCUAUCUUUCUAUAAAAAAAUAUGCUAAAAUUGUGUGUGUUUAAUUAUUAAAGACCACCCUAUAACCCAUGAGCCGGCUCUGAUGAUGAUGCAACUUACUUGGCAUCAUCACGUGAUGCAAGUUCUCCCGCGCAAAGCCGUUAAAGAAUAAACCGUUAUAUAACGAACCGUAUCGGCGAAAAAGGCUUCACAAAUCUCUUUCUCUCUGCUUUCGCGUUCCUCUGUUUCUACUAAAUAGUGCUGACGAUUCCUUGGAAGAAAAGCUUCGAGAAAAGAACAACAAUGGCGGAAAGAUCCUUCUCUCAGCUCCCGAUCUCUUCAUCUCACGGCGGCAGGAGGAUGAUGAACACCAGGAGAGGAGUUUUUCCGGUGUCGGAGUACUGGAUCCACGCGAUUCCGGUGAUCAUCUUCCUCUGUUUCUUCACGCUCUGGUUCUUCUCCCACUCAGUGAGGUUGGACGAGGACAGUGGUGAGAUCAUGUCAGUGCGUCUUCUCGAGAAGUCCAUGGCCGUGAGAAACGAGUCUCAUGUGAGCUUGGCGGUUCUUGCUUCCUCUGCCGUUUCUCCGGUCUCUGUUAACCAGACUCUGAUUGCUCAUCACAAUGCAACUCAAUCUCACAAUGCGACUGAUAAGCCUGAGCUUCGUAAAGGGCAAGAAACAAAGGGGAAAGGGAAGAAGAAGAAGAAAGGAGGUAGAAAAGAGAAGAUGGAGAAAGAUGUUAACAAGUCCAAAUCGUUGAAGAAAGCAAAGAAGCCACUCGCUGGCUAACAUGAAACUCUUUUUAGGAAUUGCGUUUUUUCUUUGUAUAGCUAUAUGAUCAUGCUGUUGUUUCUAUUGUGAUUCUUGAGUUUUUGUGUGGUGAUGAUGAUCUUCUAGAAGUUUGUUUUAGCGUUGCUAAUACUGUUGUUGUAGUUUGAGCUACUCUUGUUUUUUCUUUUUAAGUCAAUUUUUGUUAAAUCACUUGUUAAAAUGAACUUAGCGAAAUAGAAAAGGUCUUCA